AAGGGCCUUCACCCUGGCACACCUAGACCUCUGAGGGUCCUAGGAAGUGGUCAGAGACUAGUAAGAUUAACAGGGGAGACUCAAAGUAGCCUGGGAUGGGGGUGAAGCCUCCCUACAGCCUUUUCUGUCCAAGGGCACUGGACAGAAAAGCCCAUCGGAUUGUCAUUGGAUGCUGUCAGAGGCCUGGGUGGUGACAUUAAAUUUCUGAGCCUCAGUUUCCCCCUGUAAAUUGGGAAAUAUUAUCUGCCCAGCCCCAGUACUGGUUCCCCCUUUUCUUGCCUUAUCAGCAGUGCCCCAGCUGUAGACAAGUCAGCCCACACCCCUGGUAGCACAGCCAGGAAGGCUCACUGCCUGCCAGAAGUAUCGUCCCAAGGAAGCCUCCAGGACCACUAGCUGCCCAUGAGAGAUGAAGGAUGGCGUCCAAGGGGGCCGGCAUGUCUUUCUCCCGCAAGAGCUAUAGGCUGACCUCAGAUGCUGAGAAAUCCAGGGUCACAGGCAUUGUGCACGAGAAGCUGCUGAAUGACUACCUACACCGCAUCUUUUCCUCUCCUGACCAUGUACCCCCCGCAGCCACCAGCAGGAAACCCCUGAACUUCCAGAACCUGCCAGAGCAUCUGGACCAGCUGCUACAAGUGGACAAUGAGGAUGAGGAAAGCCAGGGACAAGCUGAAGGACGGCUUGGUCCAUCCACCGUGGUCCUGGACCACACAGGAGGAUUUGAGGGGCUUCUCCUAGUUGAUGAUGACCUCUUGGGGGUGAUUGGACACAGCAAUUUUGGCACUAUCCGCUCUACCACAUGUGUGUACAAAGGGAAGUGGGUCUAUGAGGUGCUCAUCUCCUCCCAGGGGCUCAUGCAGAUCGGCUGGUGCACCAUCAACUGCCGCUUUAAUCAGGAGGAGGGGGUUGGAGAUACACACAACUCCUAUGCCUAUGAUGGGAACCGGGUGCGCAAGUGGAAUGUGACUACAACGAAUUAUGGCAAGGCAUGGGCAGCGGGGGACAUUGUGAGCUGCCUGAUUGAUCUGGAUGAUGGUACUCUGUCUUUCUGCCUGAAUGGUGUGUCACUGGGCAUUGCCUUUGAGAACCUGUCCAGGGGCCUGGGCAUGGCCUACUUCCCAGCCAUCAGCUUGUCUUUCAAGGAGUCUGUGGCCUUCAACUUUGGCAGCCGUCCUCUACGCUACCCAGUCGCCGGCUUCCGGCCCCUGCAGGACCCACCAUGUGCUGACCUGGUGAGGGCACAGAGGUUGCUGGGCUGUUUCCGGGCAGUACUUAGUGUGGAGCUGGAUCCCGUGGAAGGUCGACUAGUGGAGAAGGAAAGCUCUGAGUGGCAGUUGCAAGGACAGCCCACCAUUCUCCUCACACUGGCCCACAUCUUUCAGCAUUUUGCACCACUCCUGCGCAAGGUGUAUCUGGUAGAGGCUGUGCUCAUGAGCUUCCUGUUGGGCAUCAUGGAGAAGGGCACACCUGCACAGGCACAGUCCCUGGUGCACCAGGUUCUAGACCUCUUGUGGCUCUUCAUGGAGGACUACGAGGUACAGGAUUGCCUUAAGCAGUUGAUGAUGUCUCUGCUGCGGCUGUACCGGUUCUCACCCAUUGUUCCAGAUCUGGGCCUGCAGAUCCACUACCUGCGACUCACUAUCUCCAUUCUGAGGCACCAGAAGUCCCGCAAAUUUCUGCUUAGCAACGUUCUCUUCGACGUACUCCGGUCUGUUGUCUUCUUUUAUAUCAAGAGUCCCCUGCGUGUAGAGGAAGCUGGCCUGCAGGAGCUAAUUCCUACCACCUGGUGGCCCCACCGCUCCAGCAGGGAGGGCAGAGAGAGUAAGGAGGUAAAUGAAGAGACUGCUGAGGAGCGGCUACGGCGGCGAGCCUACGAGCGGGGCUGCCAAAGGCUGAAGAAACGCAUUGAAGUGGUGGAAGAACUACAGGUCCAGAUCCUGAAGCUGCUAUUGGACAAUAAAGAUGACAAUGGGGGUGAAGCUUCUAGAUACAUCUUCCUGACCAAGUUCCGAAAGUUUCUGCAGGAGAAUGCCAGUGGCCGUGGGAACAUGCCUAUGCUCUGCCCCCCCGAAUACAUGGUCUGCUUUUUGCACCGGCUCAUCUCUGCCCUCCGCUACUAUUGGGAUGAAUACAAGGCCUCCAACCCCCAUGCUUCCUUCAGUGAGGAAGCUUACAUCCCACCCCAGAUCUUCUAUAAUGGCAAGGUGGACUACUUUGACCUGCAACGCCUUGGGGGCCUCCUGUCACAUCUUCGAAAGACCCUCAAAGAUGACCUUGCUUCCAAAGCCAACAUUGUGAUUGACCCACUGGAACUCCAGGCAGCCACUAUGGAUGACCUGGACGAGGAUGAUGAGGCAACCCCAGCUGGGACCCAGCGCCCCAUGCAGGCCCUGGCCAUGGGGGGAGCACUGCCCUUGCCCCGGCCUGGCUGGCUCAGUUCUCCAACCCUGGGCCGAGCCAACCGCUUCCUCAGCACAGCAGCUGUGAGCCUCAUGACCCCACGGCGGCCUCUGAGCACCUUGGAGAAAGUGAAGGUCCGCACGCUGAGUGUGGAGCAGAGGACCCGUGAGGACAUUGAGGGCAGCCACUGGAAUGAGGGCCUGCUGCUAGGACGGCCCCCUGAGGAACCUGAGCAGCCCCUCUCCGAGAACUCACUGCUGGAAGUUCUAGAUGGUGCCGUCAUGAUGUAUAAUCUCAGCGUCCACCAGCAGCUAGGCAAGAUGGUUGGUGUAUCUGAUGAUGUCAAUGAAUAUGCGAUGGCUCUGAGGGACACGGAGGACAAGCUUCGCCGGUGCCCUAGGCGGAGGAAGGAUAUCCUUGCAGAGUUGACCAAGAGCCAGAAAGUUUUCUCAGAAAAGCUGGACCACCUGAGCCGCCGUCUUGCUUGGGUCCAUGCUACCGUCUAUUCCCAGGAGAAAAUGCUAGACAUUUACUGGCUACUGCGUGUCUGCCUACGGACCAUUGAGCAUGGUGAUCGCACAGGUUCCCUCUUUGCCUUCAUGCCUGAGUUCUACCUGAGUGUGGCCAUCAACAGCUACAGUGCUCUCAAGAAUUAUUUUGGUCCUGUGCACAGCAUGGAGGAGCUCCCAGGCUAUGAAGAGACCCUGACUCGCCUGGCUGCCAUCCUUGCCAAACACUUUGCUGACACACGCAUAGUAGGCACUGACAUUCGAGACUCACUGAUGCAGGCCCUGGCCAGCUACGUGUGCUACCCACACUCUCUGCGGGCUGUGGAAAGAAUCCCUGAGGAUCAGCGUAUCGCCAUGGUGAGGAAUCUCCUGGCACCCUAUGAGCAGCGGCCCUGGGCCCAGACCAACUGGAUCCUAGUGCGGCUCUGGAGGGGCUGUGGGUUCGGGUACCGCUAUACACGGCUGCCACACCUGCUGAAAACCAAGCCAGAGGAUGCCAAUUUGCCCAGCCUCCAGAAACCCUGCCCCUCUACCCUGCUGCAGCAGCACAUGGCAGACCUGCUGCGGCAGGGUUCUGAUGUGGCACCCAGCUUCCUCAACAGCGUCCUCAACCAACUCAACUGGGCUUUCUCUGAGUUCAUUGGCAUGAUCCAGGAGAUUCAGCAGGCUGCUGAACGCCUGGAACGAAACUUUGUGGACAGCAGACAGCUCAAGGUAUGUGCCACCUGCUUUGACCUCUCAGUCAGCCUGCUGCGUGUCUUGGAAAUGACCAUCACACUGGUGCCUGAGAUAUUCCUUGAUUGGGCCCGGCCUACCUCUGAGAUGCUGCUGCGGCGUCUUGCACAGCUGCUGAAUCAGGUGCUGAACCGUGUGACAGCUGAGAGGAACUUGUUUGACCGUGUGGUCACCCUACGACUACCUGGCCUAGAAAGUGUGGACCACUACCCUAUCCUUGUGGCAGUGACAGGCAUCCUGGUACAGCUCCUGGUGCGUGGUCAAGCCUCAGAGACAGAGAGAGCCACAUCAGUGCUUUUGGCUGACCCCUGCUUCCAGCUCCGAUCCAUAUGCUAUCUUCUGGGGCAGCCAGAGCCCCCAGCACCUGGCACUGUCCUGCCUGCCCCAGACCGGAAGCGCUUCUCCCUGCAGAGCUAUACUGAUUAUAUCAAUGCUGAGGAGCUGGCACAAGUGGAGCAGAUGCUGACACAUCUGACCUUUGCAUCUGCCCAGGCAGCAGCUGCAUCCCUGGUGAGUGGGACCACAGCACAUCCCAUGCUACUUGAAUACAUGUGUGCACACCAAUAUAGGCAUAGCAUAUCCAACUACCCUUCACUUCCCUCCCUGCAGCCCACCAGUGAGGAAGAUCUCUGCCCAAUCUGUUAUGCCCACCCCAUCUCUGCUGUGUUCCAGCCCUGUGGACACAAGUCCUGCAAAGCCUGCAUCAACCAGCACCUGAUGAACAACAAGGAUUGCUUCUUCUGCAAAGCCACCAUCGUGUCUGUAGAGGACUGGGACAAGGCAGCUAAUACAAGCACCACCUCCUCAGCUGCCUAGGCCUGGCAAACCUCCACCUGCAAACCCAGACCCAGGCAGAGACCUAUUUAUGAGCUUCCCUUGCCCUGUUCCCUAUCACCCCCACCACAUCCAACCUCUUUGUCUGUGUGUAGCCCCAUUGGUAGGAGCCUGGCCGUGGCCCUAAUAAUGUCUGGGUUUGACUUUCAAUCAGGGCCACAGUAAACAUUAAAUUAUUAUUCCAUACA